AUGCCAGAGGUUCCCACGGACAUGUUUGUUACUGCGGUGAUGGAGGCAGUGCAGCGUAACAAGGAGUUCGUGCCUCCGUACGGCAGCUUGGCAGAACUGGAAUCUGAGGCAGUCCCGCCAUGCCUUAGCGAUCCUGAGCUGGCUUUGCAUCAAGGGCCUGUGACACAACCUUUGGAGAUAAGAGCCCGAAAAGACUUGGGGCCCUUGGGGCACGCUGCCGCAUGCAACAAUGCUUCUAUGUAUGUGCGCCCCUUGCUGUUUGCAAGCGGACAAAUGCUUGGGCUGGCGCCUUUGGCGAGCGAGUACACCUUCUUCGUGACGGUCCUCCCAGCUGGAGGAUACUUCGGCAAGGGCAGUGAGGUGGGUGUGAAGGCUCUGGUGAGCACCAAUCAUGAUCGAGCAGCGCCGAAAGGCCUUGGAGCCGUGAAGGCGGCCGGCAACUACGCGGCCGACCUUUCACCUGUCCACGGGGCUCACGCCCAGGGCUACAACACAACGCUGUACCUCGACGCCAAGGAGCGCAAGUACGUGGAGGAGUUCUCCGUGUGCAACUUUGUGGGAAUCACAAAGGACGGGCGCUACAUCACGCCGAAGUCUGACACCAUUCUGCAAUCCACCACCAACAUAAUGCUUCAACAGCUGGCCCGAGAUCGGGGGAUGAUCGUGGAGGAGCGGCCGAUUGACUUCCAUGCGGAGAUCUCGAAUUUCAAGGAGAUCGGCAUGUGCGGCACGGCUGCUGUUGUGGUGAAGGUUACUUCUAUUCGGCAUAACGACACCGAGUACGAGUUUGAAGCGUUUGACACCAUCGCCAGCCUUCGAAGUGAACUCACUUCCAUCCAAUGUGGAGAGUUGGAGGACAAGCACGGUUGGAUGAAGGAGGUGUGCGAUGCAGUGGAUGCUUCCUUCUCCGAGGAGUUUCCGCCCCCUGUCGCCUCUCUCGCCCCGGGCAUGGUGUCCGCUGAGGCGAAAGGGAGCGUGCAAAAGCUGGGCAGCGAAGCCAUGCAUGGCCUUGAGCGAUCCCUGUUGGAACACGUCGUGUCGACAGCCCAACCUGGCAAUCCAGAAAGCGUAAUUGCAGCGAUGGAUGCCUUUUGGAACAAGACGUUUCAAGCCCAAGGAGCGGAGAAGUGGAACGUCAGGGGGCAGAAGAUCGAAGAGAAAGUUCAGGAGAAGGUGCAGCUUAAGGCAGGUUCUUCGCACCCCGUCCGCUGCCUCGAGAUGGGAACUUACUGUGGCUACAGUGCCCUUCGAAUAGCCCGCAACUUGCCAGAGGGCGGCAAGCUCCUGAGCGUGGAGAAGGAUGAGCUGUUCGCUGCAAUUGCAACGAAGAUCAUCGAGUUCGCCGGUAUGGACUCAAAGGUGAAGAUUUGGAUGGGCACAGUUCACUCUGAGCUGAUGAACAUCACAGACAGGAUGGAAAGACAGCCUGCUGACUUCGUUCUGGUGGACCACUCCAAGGAGAGAUACGUCCCCGACCUCAAGUUGCUGGAAGACUGCGGCGUUAUUGACAAGUCAACAACGGUGGUUGGCGAUGUCGAAGUUUAUCCAGGCGAUGAGAGGUUGCCUAAGGCCAUCCAACAGGAGAUCAGCGAGUAUUUCAGCGACAGGGAGUUCGCUCUGGCUUCGAUGGUGUAA